ACAUAUUAUAUGGAAAUACGUCCUUGUGAUGUUUGUCUUUCGAAUAAUUGUGUCGUUAACUGUCGUCAAGAGUAUAAAAACCAUAGAAAAGGUAAUGUACGUCACUCUUUCAUUCCCGAUCCUGUUUUCUAUAGCGUUGUUCAUCCGCUCUAUGUUAUUGCCUGGAUCAUCAGAUGGAGUAUAUUACUAUUUCUACCCCAACUUUGCAAAGCUUUUGAACCCUAGGAUUUGGAUAGAGGCAACCUUGAUGGUGUUCUACACACUCGCCUUUGGAUGGGGAGCGAUUAUGGUAAUGGGAUCACAUGCCUCAUUUCGUGAUAAUAGCUACAGGACAGCUAUUGUUUGUACUUUCGUGGACGUAGGAAUUGCGAUUUUUAACGGAAUGGUUUGCUUCUCCGUUCUGGGCAACAUGGCUCACACUUACGGGAUCCCUAUCACCGAGGUGAUCAAUGCAGGGUUUUCCACUGGUUUGGUAUCGUACAUUACAGCCCUCAGCACUUUGCCUUUGCCUCAGCUUUGGACAUUUUUAUUUAUAUUGUCAGGAGUCUUGUCUGGAAUGGAAGCACAGAUGAUUCCGAUAGAGAUGGUGAUUCAGCUAAUUGGAGACUUGUUCCCGAGACUGAAGGCUGGGUUCCGCAUUCCCACCUUGAUUGGCAUAACUGUUGUAAUGUUUUUCCUAUCACUUCCAACAUGCACAGGAGCCGGAGCGUACCUUUUCUUGCUGGUAGACUGGUACGCAGGAACAUGGACGGGAACAAUUGUUGCUUUAUUUGAGGUUAUAUCUAUUUCUUGGGUAUAUGGUUUGGAUCGUUUUAGUGAAGAUAUACAUGUUAUGUUGGGUCGUCCUCUCCAUGCAGUGUUUCGGUGGCUCCUCGCUUUCAUUUCGCCUGCAACUGUGUUGGUUAUAUUUUUCAUGAGUUGUGUGGAGUAUGUUCCCCCUAACUACGGGUCGUAUCAUUACCCUGGUUACGCACAAGCUAUUGGGUGGGGAAUGGUUGUAAUCGCCGUGGUCCCGGUAUUCGGCUACGCUGUUCUCAAUAUCUACCGGGCCAAAGGCACCGUUACUCAGAGAAUCAGUUCCCUGUGUAGACCCACCGACACGUGGGGACCAUGCGGGGAUGGAAUGGAUUGCAACUACAGGAAGAACAAAAUCAAAUACUCGGAGAGAACAUUCUGGGAUCUGUUCUACUUCAAUGUGUUUGGUCGAUAUCCAAAGAAAUCUGCCAUGAAAUUAAUGUUAGAACACGAACUGGCUGUUCUUAGAUCUGAGAAUAAUGUGUUUGCGUAAAAUUAAUUCAUGUAAGAGGUUGCAAAUAGGUUCUGUUAAAUCUUAAAUAUUACCUGUAUCUUUAUUAAAUUUUAAUAGAAUAGCACCCGCCAUAUCUCAAUCCUGUAAAACCGUUAUAUUUAAGCAGAAACUUAGCAAAACUUGCUUGUCAAUCAAAGAAGAAUUCAUGAUCGAGUCAAUCAAUAAGUGACGCACCAAACAUAUUUUAUUCAAGCGCAAUCUGGCAAUGAAAAUUUAGAGAGUUUUUUCACGUGAUAUAUACACGCCGAUUGCUGGCGGUGUUUGGAUAUACGCUGUUAAGAAUUUCAGAAAGAAGAAAUUCCGUCCGCUUUUUCAUUUCAUUUUUAUCUGCAAAAAAGAAAGCCAAGAUAAAAUCUUGUAAUUAAAGUCACAGGGCAAGGGCUGUAACUAUGACAAAUUACACCAAAAAUUGAAUAUUUGUUGAGUCAUAUUUGGAAAAAUAAAAUUGAUGUGCUUAUUUUGAUGAAUAUACUGUUCUCACCAAGUUACCCUCGAAUAAUUUUCUUAUAUGUCAAUGCUACAGACUUAUCGAAGAUCAGAUCGUUUCAAAGUUUAUAUUCUUUUUAUGAUACCAUUAAACAUUUUUUUACAUUAAACUGAGCAUAAAUGUUUACAAAAUAUGUUUUAUGACUUUAAUAUCACGAUAGAGUAUCAUACUUGAUCUUAUCGUUCUUAUAGGUUUACAUCUCACACUUUUUGGCCUCUAAAAUGUUUAGUACGAAACUAUUCGCAGCCGAUGAUGUCCUUAAUUUCCUUUCGUUUUCAAUAUAAUAUGUUCAAUGUUUGGGCAUAUUCUAAGGAUCCACUGUGAAUAAAUGUGACUAUAUGACAUGGAAAAUAUUAUAUCCACAAAGCAAAAUAAUCACGAUAUAAUUAAGAAUGAACCUUGUUCGCUUCUGACACUCUUUUAAGCUUCUUAUACUGGUGAAAAUUGCUGACAUGCUAUCUCGCUUGCUCAUAUAUCCAAUCGUAUCAAUAUCUUUGCUGAUAAAGCAAUAUUUUUUGCUGGUAUAAUCAUAACGUAUACAGUUCAGCAUUUGAGUUUUAAUGUGUGUUGUCGACCAUUGGUAUUCCAUUGAAUGAUUUGUGCGUCAAACUACACUAUAAAGGAACCGUAAUUUAUAUUUAAAAAACAACAACAUAACAUAAUAUUUGAUAUAGAAUAUACAACUACAAAUGAUA